AAAGACGACUGACGCAUUGAUGGUUGACGAUGUCAACUUUGCUCAGUUUUCAUCUGGUUUUUUAAUUUCUUAGCCACAGAAAUUGUAUGGUUUUUUUUACUUAACAACUUUGCCUGAUCGACUAGCAAGUGGGGAGACUCUAAUCUCUAAUAAGAUGAAAUGUUUUCAUAGGAGAUGACGAACUGAAAUGUUGUUUUCUAUCUCUGAAAAAUUAAAUAAUAUGAUUUGAAAUAAUGGAGUUCAAGGUGUUUAUUUUAUGUUUAUUUUACUCAUCUGUAAAGUUCUGCCAGUGCAUAGAUCAAGCGUCAUUUUAUGGCAAUAGUUAUAUCUCAGUGCCCUUCAAAGAAGCUAAGAGUUCCACAUACAUAUAUUUCAGGUUUAAAACUCGUCUACCAAAUGCUUUAAUGUUAUUAGUGGCUGGAACUACAGACUAUUGCAUUAUAGGACUUGAAAGAGGUAGAAUUAAAGUUAACAUUAAUUUAGGUGCAGGUGAAUCCGAAUUGGUUUCACCUUCAACAGUAAAAUUACAUGAUCUCAAAUGGCAUGAAGUCAGUAUCGAAAGAAAAGAAGCAAAUCUCACAAUGGUUGUAGACAAGAUACAUAAAGUACAAAAAACUCUCCCAGGUAAAUUCUUCGAAUUGAAUAUUCAUUAUGGUCUUUUUGUUGGUGAUAACAAAAAUAAAAAUAAUACAGAUAUAUUUUUCGGGCAUGUAGAAAAGUUCAGAGGCUGUAUCUCAAACUUGAAGUACAAUGAUAUCCUAGUAUUGGAACAUGCGAGACACAGACAAUCACAAUCAAGUGUACAAGGUGUUACCUGGAAUUGUGCUGCUGAAUUUGAUGCCUCUUUGGACCAUCCCAUCAGUUUCAUAGAAGAUGAUGCUUACAUGGUUCUUUCUCAGAAACUGCAUUAUAAGGAAUUCAGAAUUCAUUUUGAAAUUAGAACAAUAACCAAAGAUGGGCUUCUGUUCUACAACUCGGGCCAUAAACUGAAACAAGAUUUCUUCCUGAUAGAACUGAAUAAUUAUUCCAUUAGAGCUUUGAUCAAAAUUGGAGAUAAAAUUCUCAAACUAGCUAGUAAGAACAUGAAAAUAUCUGACGGAGAGUGGCACAAGGUUUCCUUCAGACUUACUUCAUCUCUCAUGGAACUAAGUGUGGAUGAAAAAAUCUCUAGUGAGAAAAAUAUUCUCGGCCACCUGUUUCAGCUGAGUGACAUCUCUUAUAUGGGUGGACUUGAAAUCAGCAAGCGUUUUCGAGCUUCCCAGAAAGGUUGUAGUAAAUCUUGUGAUAGUAGUUUUAAGGGUUGCCUGAGGCACCUAUCAAUAUUUGAUAUGAGGAAAGGAUUGCCCGAUGCUCAUGUUACAGAAGGACUUUUACCGGGAUGUGUAUGGCAGUACCCCUGUCUUCAAAACCCUUGCAGUGAUAACGGAUUCUGCAUACAGCAGGGUCUUGAUUCUUUUCAGUGUGAGUGUCAAGAGGAUUUUUGUGUCAAUGUCAACUACACAGAAGGGUAUAAAAUAUUUUCCAAAAAUAGUCUUGCUACUGAUCUGGAACUCCUGUCGGUUGAACCUCUCCAAGUAUUGGAAGGCCAGAGUGAAAUCAUCACAACAAAAAAUCUGCACAUGAUUCUCGAUUAUCCUAAAUAUGGCAUCACAGAUUCAGGUAUUAAUUUUUUUAUUAUUGAGGGCCCGGAACAUGGAAGUAUCACCAUAGAUAUUUGGCCACACGAAAAAAAUUCAUUUGCUUUAUUUGACAUAGCAAGAGACAAAGUUCAUUAUGUCCACGAUGGCUCUGAAAAUAACCACGACAGUAUAGUUUUGGAGGUGGAAUUUUCAACCUCUGAUACAUUCACUCUGCCUGUGUAUCUGCAGGGCAAAUCUCGUUUCAGUUUGUCAGUAAUUGUCAUACCUACCAACGAUCCUCCUGUUCUUGAUAUAUCGAAUACUACAGUUUUCAGGACAGUACAGGGGACGAAAAAGUACAUUUCGUCAGAAAUAUUCAAGGCUGUAGAUGGAGAUAACUCUCCCAGAGAACUGAUCUAUACUAUUCUGAAAUCUGAAAGUGGGUUUUUUGAAAAUUCCAACAAACCUGGCACCCAAAUAAGCACCUUCACUCAGGAAGAGGUUGAUGAAGGGAAUAUUCUUUUCUUUGAUCGCAGCUCAGAGCUGAAUACCUCUUACAUAUCCAUGCAAGUGUCAGACGGAAUUGAAACCAGCCCUGUAUAUCAGCUGAGAGUUUCAGUAUCACCCCAAUAUUGGAGAUUGGAACGUAAUACUGGUUUGAUCGUCUUGCACCAAGCUUCGUCCAUUAUAACACCUUAUAAUUUGAGCUUCACUUCAAAUGUGGCCAUACCGGACUAUUCUACACAUUUCACUAUAGUAAAACGACCAGUAUAUGGGGUCAUCGAAGUUGAAAAACACGCAAAUUCCUGGGACACUUCCGACAGUUUUACUGGGAGUGAUCUCAAACAACACCGAGUACGUUACAGACAUGUUAGUUCCAAACCAGAUUUUGAUGAAUUCCAGUUCCGUACUCUGGAUAAGACUCAGUUAUAUACAUUUCGACUGACUUUUGCCAAAUGCACCUUAUACAGGGUGAACGUAAAGAAUAUUCAUCUACAUGAACAGUGGGAAACAGUGAUAUCUACAAAAGAGUUAUCAUUUGAAACAAAACCAUUGAAACCUCUCACUUCAAUUCACUAUGUAAUUGCAAAACCUCCUCAGUACGGAUUUCUGUUUUCUCCUGAAUCAAAGUAUAAAUUGAGAUCCUGUGACAUGUUCACCCAAGAAGACAUCGUUUUGCAUAAUGUUUUGUACAGAAUGUAUCAAAAGCCUUAUUCCGAUGUUCAUGAUAACUUUGCUUUUGUUGUGUUGUCACCUGGUUGUAAUAAUAUUACAUUGAAUUUGAGUAUCAGUUAUUCGCCUUCUAAUGAAGAAAAAUCAAAAGUCAAUGUAGAACUGAAACAUCUUCAAGUUGACGAGGGGCAUUGGACGUUAAUUGAUGAGUCUCAUUUAUCGCUGCAAACUAAUUCUGUACCAAACUUGGUGUAUAAUAUCACAAGCAAACCGCAAAACGGAUUUUUACAAAUUAUUAAAGGAGACACGAUCACGAACGAUACAGAUUACUUCAGUUCAGAAGAUUUAAAAAAUAACUUUGUUCAUUAUAUACACGAUGGCUCAGAAACACAGUCUGACUCUUUUACGUUUAUGGCUUUGUCUACUAAUGAACAAAAUUUCGAAUUUGUUGGCCAAAUGAAUAUAAGGGUUAACCUCAAAAAUGACAACAGUCCCCAACGAGUUGUCGAUAAGGUAUUCCAUGUAGUUGUUGGAGGGGAGAGGCUUCUAACUGGAAAAGAUUUGAAAUACACAGACGUGGAUUUUGGAACACCAACUUCGAUGAUAGUAUACACCUGCAGAGAUUCCUCCAAUGGACAGUUCUACAAUGUGAAUAAUCUGAGUACAAAAAUAACUGAGUUUACCCAGGAUGAUCUGAAUAGGAACAAAAUCAUUUUCAAGCAUAAAGGACCCGAAUAUGGAAAAGUUAGGUUGUGGGUUACUGAUGGACAGUUCCAUGUCAAUGGAAUUUUGGAAAUACAAGCUUCAGCGCCUUUCAUUCAUGUUAACAUGAACAAAAAAAUCAUUGUUGAGCAUGGAAAAAUUGUUGUCAUAACAAGUGAUCAUUUAUCUUAUUCCACAAACUUGUAUGCAUUUGAUAAAGAUGUAAUUUAUGAGGUUACCAACAAACCGAAUUUUGGAAAAGUAGUAUCUUCAAAAACUCUGAAGGUCAUCAAGAGCUUCACACAUGAAGAUAUAAUGAAAGGUCACAUUAGCUAUCUCAAUGAACAUUCAGGGGUCAAUGCCGAUGAAAUAGGGCUUAAGGUGAGCUGCCGUGAUGCUGUAAAUGUUGCUCAAUUGGGGGUGUGGAUGUUGCCUUCAAAUUAUUGGGAGCCCCUAGAACCAAAAACUUUAAAAAAACUAUUUGUUGAAGAAUCAACCAGCGUUUUGAUAACCAAGAAUACAUUAGAGAUGUCCCAGCCUAACGUUCCUCCCUCUGUGAUUGUUUACCAUAUAGCAGAGAUGCCUGAGUAUGGGUAUAUAAGUAUUUUAUCAGAUGCCAAAAACGGUAAUGAACCAACAAAUGUGAUAUCUUUCACUCAAGAUUUGAUAAAUGAGAAUAAAGUACUGUACAUUCAAUCUGGGACAAACCAGACGAAAGACAGGAUAAUUUUCAACGUUACAAAUGGAAUUGUUUGGAGAAAAAAUGUCCAGCUCAACAUAGAAAUAAUACCAGAGAGGUUAUACUUAGGAGGCAACGAUGUAAUGGUCAAUGAGGGAGGCAUUACAGUCUUGACAGUUGCUCACGUGUUUGUUGUGACAGAGUAUUACAAGUCAAAAAUUACUGUCUACACGAUCAGAGAAAAUGUGAAACAUGGCUGCAUUCAAAUCCAUAGACGGUGUUUGAAAUCAAAGGGUUUCACUCAAAAGGAACUACAGUCCGGAUUCGUGCAGUAUUCUCAUGAUGGUACUGAAAAUUUAGAAGAUCAGUUGGUUUUGGUAGCAGAAGCUGGUCAAAAGAAAAGUGUUCCGCAUGUAUUGAAGAUUACUGUUCUUCCUGUAAAUGAUCAGAAACCCAGAUUGAUCAACAAUACUGGGCUUGUCAUGUGGGAAGGCGGAGUGUCAGUCAUAACGAACGACAUGUUAGCUGCUGUAGAUGAUGAUUUGCCUAAAGAGACUUUGAAAUACCAAGUGCAAAACUGUUGGUGGGGAAGCGUGUCUCUGAGGUCAGAUGUAACUUCUCCGCUAAAUCACUUUACACAAGAACAAAUUGAUAAAAGCUUGGUUGUUUUCAGACAUCAAAAUGGAACUGAAGCGAGGUUCAAAUUCAACAUUAGUGAUGGUUUACAUAUAACAAAGGACUAUUUAUUUCAUAUUAGGACGAAGCCUGUUAAAUUAGAGUUGAUUAGCAGACCGCUUCACAUUUUUCCUCUACAGAAGAAAUAUUUAACCUCAAACCAUUUACUUACAUUUGCGUCUGAUGAAGAUAGGAUAAUACAUUAUGAAGUGAUUCAACCUCCGAGUUUAGGAAGGCUUAUGAUGGAAUCUGAAAAACACGGUAUUUUCAAAGUGGUUUCCACUUUCACACAAAAUGAUCUAAAUAAUAGUAAAGUUUUCUACGAACAUACCCAUCAGUUUUCAGAUUUGUAUGCCAAUGAUUCGUUUAUUUUCAAUGUUAAAGCUCAUUUGGCACCUAAAUUAGUAAGACAGGUUCUUAAAAUUGACAUUUCUGUGUCAUCGGGUGGACUAGAUGCUUAUGUGAGUAUACCAAGAAUAGCUGUGGAUGAAGGGGGCAUGACAACUAUACCUCUCAACUUAUCUGGAGUCGUAUCUUUCCUGGAAAACCAUGCCGGCCUACGUGCCCCCAUAAUACAUGCAUCAGCUAUUCCUCCAUUGCACGGUCAGAUAUUUCUACAAAGAAAUAAAAACCUAACCACAUUCACACAGUCUCAACUUGAAUCUGGUCAGGUAUACUACGAACAUGAUCAUUCUGAUUCCUUGGGAGACAACAUACAUUUUUCUUUGUACCUCAUUCCAGGCUAUGUAACGUUGUGUAACUUGACUGUUCCUGUCAUCGUGAAUCCUAUAAAUGAUCAGCCAUUCAACUUGGUUACUCCUGCUCCCAGUUUGAAGGUAGUGCAAGGUGAAAAUCGUACGAUUACAAGGCACGAACUUGCAACAGAAGAUGCAGAUACCCCACCUUCUAAACUUAAAUAUGAUCUUAUAUCUGGGCCUUCACAUGGAAAGUUAGUGCUGUUGCCUAAAGGGGUUCCUGUUGAAGGUUUCACUCAAGCCGACAUAGAUAACAAUAAGCUUGUUUACAUACAUGAAGGAUCCGUAUUGAAGGACUCUUUUCAUUUCAGAAUAUGGGACGAGAAAUUCAGACCAGAAUUUAAUUUGUUCAACAUAAUCGUGGUUCCUAUCAACAUUAGUAUAUUGGCAGGUGUGCCAGUUUAUUUGUUGCAAGGAUUAGACGUAGUUUUUCUCUCUGAGAAGCAGUUUUUUAUAGAAACCAACGCCGAUAAAAAUAAGAUUCACUUCAGCCUGAAACGACCAACUAAGCAUGGCAUACUUUAUAUAGACAAUCCCGUGAAUCCGUUUUAUAAAGACAACCCGAUGAAGUCUUUUACAUAUGCAGACCUAGUUAAUAAAAAGGUUAUGUACCUGCAAACGGAUAUGACAAUUGCCAAUGAUAGUUUCAGAGUUGUUGGAGAAAUUUCUUCUGGAAACGCAUCCUUUAAAGAGGAGGUUGAAGUGGUGAUAAAAGUGACACCCUUUAUGCAUAUUCAUAAUUUAACUGCCAAAGCUGGAGAAAUCAACAGGAUUUCUUUACACGUUCUUGAUGCUACGCCUCUGGCAAAGCUCACUAGUAGUAAUCCUCGCUAUACUAUUGUCACUCCGCCAGUUAAUGGAGAAAUUCGAAAGAUCAUUAGAAGUUCUGGCGAAAAACGGAACGUUCUAGACGCCAUUAUCAACAGUUUUACUCACGAAGAUAUCCAAAGUGGACUUAUUUUCUUAGCAGUCAAAGAUAUUGAAGUUCCUUGGGACGGGGUUCAGGACAGUUUUGUUUUUAUGCUGGCUGCCAGUAUAUUCCAACCAGCAAUGGGCGAAUUGAAAAUUAACAUAAAGUCAAUGGUGGACAAUGAUGUAUCUUCAACACUCCCAGGACCAAGUGAUCCGGCUGGACAUGAAGGAGGCAUGCAUUUGGCCGGUCCGAAUAUGACUAAAGACUACUUGUUAAUAGUGAGUAUGGUGGUUGGAGUUGUAGUAUUGGGGAUCGCUGUAAUAGUGGUAGUCAAGUGCCGUUCUUUGGAUGCGCAAAUGAACAAGGAAGAGCAGUGCAUCCAACCUAUUCCUUUACCCCGUCCACCUGACAGGCUGAUGUCUUCGUCUCCUUCGCUUAAACCUUCACUUACCGAUGGGUUUUCAACACCUAUAUCAACAACACUACCCCAGUGCAAAGUUACUCCUCUGAGUAGGAGUGAAUUAGAUUCUCCUACGUCCCACGCGUGCUAUCCGUAUGGAGUCGAUGAACAGCCUGAUGAUUGGAGUAGCAUAGAUGCAUCUGAUCCUCCAACUUGUCCUUCUAAAAAUAUAAUGUUACGUAGAAAUCAGUAUUGGGUUUGA